AUGUCCUCCUUGAAGCGUGGCCCGACUCUAGAAUUGAAGGUGCAGGAUAUCUGUGGAUACUGGAGCCCAUAUGCACCUGUCAGUUUCGAUGCUGAUGCCUCAGGCACAACACUCACCUUCAGCUGCCGACCAUAUUCCCGACCACCGGAUCUCUAUAAUUCUCGAGAUAGCACACCGUCGGAUGCGAUCUAUGAGAUUGUCGAGCGUUACGUCGAAGCAAUGCAUGCCUUUCUUUCCUUCGCUAGGGCGUUCUGGUGGGAAAUGUUGGUGAAAUGCUCGGCAGUGUUGCCCCAUGCAAUGCCCGUCUAUCAGCGUGCUGCCAUCUUGUCCCAACGGUCAGGCGUCGAUACUAUGCGUUUCCGCGGAUGCUACAACUUUCUUACCGAGGUGCACAAUCUCAAAUUGAUUUAA